AUGGAAAUCUGGAAAUGUACGGAUACGUACCUGCGUACCGACAGACCAAUGCUAAGGUCGGGGAAUGCUACUCGCGGCUACACACAAAGUACGCGCAACUUUGGGUAUCGAUACGUCUCCACGACCUGCAUGAUACAGAUGGAUCCACUCUGUACCUCUGUACCCGCUCCCGCAGUCAUCACUCUCGCACCAAAGACCGGGCAAGGGCCCGGCGACCUCACACCUCACCACAGGCUUGCCAACGCCGCAGAAUCCAACCGCACGCCCCCCCGUCCAUCUCACCACCCGUUGCCUUCUAUCAGAUCGUCACCGUACUUUUGCUGCGGUUUUUGCUCUUCGUUCAGUUUCUUCAAUCGAUUCCAAGGGUCUAGCCCCGAACUCAGUCAAAGCAAGUCAUAG